UGGCAUACACUGAUCUAGUAUAUGGUUUUGUAAGAUUAUUUUUUUUAUAUGAUUAAAAGAAUCUCACAACGAAAAUCGAAGUUAGUUAUCAAAAUGUCUUUUACCACUCAGCUUCAACAUAGAUUAGUAGAGCCUCGACUAUUCUACGCUUUGUUAAAGUUUAUUAUGAAGAAAUAUGAGAGACGAUGGCUAAUCAACAUCAUUUCCAUGAUCUUAACAAUGCUGAUUCUUCCGUUUUGGUGGAUUUUGCUAAUAGUAUUCAAGGUGUACAAAGAGUCAAUCCGUUUAAUCCUUCGUCUCAUCUAUGGAAAGAAAUUUAUCAGAAUUAUUCACGGAAGAGACUUGCCUUUUGCAAUUGAAACAUCAACGGACAUUUCAACGAUAACAAGCGUUUUGCUCAUUAAUUCGCAAGAAAACGGCGAAGCGUUCUUCAAUAGAAUCUCGCAAUUUCUCUUCUACAUCAUUUCGAGUGUACCGAAAACGCGUUGCUUAAGGCAAAACCUCUUGGGUUUCGUAUGUCUGAUGGAAACGGAAAUACGACAAGAGGAUUUUAUCAAAGACAUGAAGCUUCCCGAAGAUAACUGCGAUUUUAUCAGGUUCAUGGACCGCUUCGAGAAUGAACCAAUGCCUUUCGAGAACCGCGGACUCCUGCAGUUCUACGUGGGCAAAAAAACGGUGCUCAGCAGCAAAGGGUACAGGUGUUAUCCCAUUCUUAUGAGAUACCAUCACUGUCUGGGCGAUGGCGUUUCUAUCAUGAAUUUUAUCAUAGCUCAUUUAGUAGGGAAUCCUAACAGCACGGUUUCCGUGGAUAGUUGGAGGUCAAAGUUUAAAAAAAUAGUCAAGAAUUUUAGCGUUACAUCAGAAGUUUACGAUUCGAGGGUUGUUCAGAAACAGAGGAGCGACUUCCUGAAGAAGCAUACCGGUAAAAAAUAUAUGUUGUCGUUCAGCGAGGUGGAGCCUCGGAUUAUGGAAAAGAUCAAAAUGAUUAAGAACUUUAAAGGUGUAACGUUCAUCGCUGUGCUGAUGGCCGCUUUAGGGAAAGCAAUGCAAGAUUACAUCAGAAAGAACAAGAUGACGGAUUUGGAACGAUUGAUGACCACUUUCACUUACUACCCCGAAAGUAAAUUUAAUUAUGGUAACCCGGAUGAGUUUACCAAUAAAGUAGGUCUGAGCACCAUGAAAUUACCGAUUUGCGUUGAAGGCGGUUGGGAUGAGAGAUUGAAGAUUAUCAACGAAGAGCAGAAUGAGAUGAAAUCAUCGAUGGACGAAAAUGUCUACGAGUGGUUUACCAAAGUGGUUCUAUCACUGUUUCCAGUUCCAAUUACUAAAUGUUUGGUGCCGAUGUUCUUCAAUCCGCUAAUUCUGAGCAAUUUGCCUGGUUUAAAGGAAACGUGUCUCAUAGAUGGACAUAAAUUGGAGGAUUAUCUGCUGUGGCCACCGAACCUCCACGAUCUUGCUAUUUCUAUAGCUACUUACAGCUAUUGCAAUCGUUUCUACGUCAAUCUCAAAGUGGACAGCGGUGUCAUUCCUGAUUACGACGACGCCAAGACCUUGAUGCUGGAAAUCGUCGAGAAUAUAAACAAGAUGGAACGACUAUACUUAAAAGCAGCGUCUAAUUAUACAAUAACACAUUUGUAAUGUAAUUGGAGCAAUUAUAAUGAAUAGACAAGAAACGACAAAACGAUCAAAAUUGUAUUCCCAUUAUCCUUAAUGCAAGAAUUCCAGAAAAAUUCUAUAAUUACAAACGUGUUCGUAAUUAUUGUGCACG